GGGCAAUGAAAUCGGCAACUGGGGAUAAAUUUGCUUUGCCUGAUGAGACCAAAGCACCUGCAACUCCCAGGCACAGGAAAUCGAGUGGCGCAAGCAGGAACAAGGAUACAAACAACCACCAUGUGGUGCCGCUUGGCAUCCUUGUAGUGCUCUGCACUGUGUAUCUCAUAGUGGCUGGUGUGCAGCGCAACUACAGGUACUAUUUCAAGCCGGGCGUGGCUGCUUUUGACCUGAACAAUUUCCAAGAGGGUGACUCGCAGCCAGAAGCCAUGGAUGAGGAUUUGGAAACCCAGACUCCAGACACGUCCUGUCAGAAGAUUGAUAUUUUCGGCAAGGAUUCCGAUCGAAGUUCAUCGGAAAACCAAGUUUCAAAGAGACCCCAAGGCAAGCCUACCAAACGAUCAAAAAAUGCCAUUGGAAAUGGGGUCAGCAAGCAACCUCGAUUGGGUAAAUCCCUGGAGGGCAAGAAGAAGGAUGCGACCAAGAAGAGCAACACGGCUGAGCCCAUUAUCUACCUAUUCGCCCUGGUUUUUAUCUAUCUGCUGCUGAAGGCCGCCUCCGACAUCAAUCAGCAUUACAAAUCGCAGAACAAAGGGGACAAACGACUGCGCCGCUGCUCUCUGCAAUCCUACGCCCAAAUCCACAAGCAAGAUCGGCGGUCAUCAAAAGUUGAUGAGUCCCCGAUCUUCCGGCGACGGCAUAUACUCGGCGAUGAGCGUUCCGUGUCGGUGGAUCGAUACAAGUAUACACAGAACGAGGAAGGAGGCUUUACAAAGGCUGCUCCGAAAGUUCUGGAAUACCAUCACAGGGUCAUAUCUCCCUUGGUCAGCCGGCCGAGUCAACAACAACAUCCAUUUAGACCAGGUUCAGGAGACAAUCGUUUUGAGCCCCGCCUAAAUCGUCGCUCUUCGGUUCCGAUCAGCAUUAACUAUCAAACGGUUCACGUAUCAAGUCCAUAUCCACCCGAAUUGACGAGACGUGGCUCGGUGAUAAGCCUCACUGGCCAGACUCAGGAUGUCAGUGUCACUCCCAGUGGAACUGUCGAUCCAAAACGUCGCGUCCGCAUGAUUAAUCGCCAUUAAAUUCCGAGUACUAAUCAGAC